AUGCGCACGGCUAGCGCGCUCGUGUUCAGCUUGCUGGGCUUUUUAGCACUCGCUGACCCUCUAAGCUCGAACGAACUCGCCAGCAAGGGGACGACGCCGGCACUUCCCCUCGGACUGUGGAAGGAGGCGAAGCUGCGUCGACGACACGACGAUGGCGCUCGUGGACCGUGGGUGGACUCGCAGACCGGUCAAAUACCCUUCCUGAGCCGACACGAGCCGAGCACGUCCUACCAGGAGCACUACUUCGACCAGCUCGUCUCGCACAACCCCCACUACCCUCCGACAACGCCUGACGAGACCUGGCAGCAGCGAUACUGGUUCGACGCGACGUUUUACAAGCCUGGAGGGCCUUUCUUUCUUCUGGACGCGGGCGAGACGGACGGCGAGGGACGGUUGCCCUUUCUCUCGCAGGGUAUCCUGCGCAUCCUUUCCGAGGCGACAAAUGGCAUAGGCAUCGUCUUCGAGCACCGCUACUACGGCAAGAGCUUCCCCGUCUCCAACUUGACGACCGACUCGCUCCGCUUCUUGACGACUCGCCAGAGCCUCGACGACGGCGCACACUUCGCUCGGAAUAUCGUCCUGCCCGGCCUCGAGAACGUCGACAUUCAAGCAGGCGGCUCAACACCAUGGAUCUACUACGGCGGCAGCUACGCAGGCGCCAAAGCGGCGUUGGCGAGGAACCUGUACCCAGACGUCUUCGCCGGAGGAAUCGCUUCGUCCGCUGUGACGGCGGCAAUCGAGGACUACUGGCAGUAUUACGAGCCCAUCCGCCAGAACGGCCCUUCCGAAUGCAUCGACCGCCUUGUCAACCACACCUCGCUCAUCGACUCGCUCCUCGCUCUUGAGCAGCCUGCCCUCACGAGCGCACUCAAGGGCUACUUCGGCCUCGGCAACGUCACCUCGGACGCCGACUUUGUCAACGCGCUUGCGAUCCCGCUCGGCUCAUGGCAGGCGCGGAACUGGGACCCGUCCGUCGGCAGCACGCGCUUCUUCGAGUUCUGCGACGCCAUCACCGCCAACUCGUCGUCCAUCUACGAAGCCGACCUCUUCCAGCCCGCCCAGCUCGCCGCCCUCCCUUCCCUCCCGAGAGACCCGCGCAAGGCUCUCGCAAGCUUCGCCGGCUACGCCUCGUACGUCCGUGAGCACGUCGCGACGCUCUGUCCGCCCGACACGGCGCAGGACGACUGCUUCGGCACGGACGAGUACAGCGGCGACGAGCUCGACGACUACGAGUGGAAGAGCUGGGCGUACCAGUUCUGCACGGAGUGGGGCUACUUCAUCGGCGCGCCGCCCGACUCGGAGCACCCUUCGCUCGUUUCGCGCCUCUUGACGACCGAGUACACGAGCAAAAUCUGCCGCAAGGCGUUUCCGCCCGGCGAGCUGAACAGCGUUCCCAACCGCCCGAACGUCACGGCCAUCAACCAGUACGGCGGCUUCAAUUUCUCGUAUCCGCGCCUCGCCUUCAUCGACGGCAGCGAAGACCCCUGGAUCUACGCCACGCCACACUCGCCUCUCGCUCCGCACCAUGGCCACCGCCGCUCGACCACCUCCGAGCCGUUCCUCCUCAUCAAGGGCGGCGUCCACCACUGGGACGAGAACGGUCGUCCGAGCCCGCCCGAGCCGGAAGAGAUCCAGCGGGUGCAUCGCGAGGAGGUCGAGUUUGUGCGGGCGUGGCUGGAGGAAUGGAGGGAGGAGCAGAGGGAGAAGGAGAGGAAGCGAAGAGGGAGGUGGAGGUGGCGAGGCGAGGGAAGGGGGAGGCAGAGGGAGAGGGCGAGGUGGGCCUAG